GUUCUGGUUUUUCCUCGGUGUCAGGAGACUGAUCUGAUAAUAAUUUGUGAAAGAUUUGUAAAUAUAAUCUAUUUGUUUGCUUCUGCUUUCACUUCCUUUGGUCCUGAAUGUAUUUGAAUUCUAUGUUCUGGAUUUUCCUUGGUGUCAGGGAGACUAUCUGAUACCGUUCGGUUUUGCUUUUUUCUUUAUUUAUUUUCUUUUACAUAAUGAUUUUGUUAGUGAGUGCCCUAACGGCACUCUUUAAGGUUACCAUAUUAGGUAAUUUUUUCUUCCAAUGCAUUGCAAUUCAUCACAUUAACUGUUAACUACUAUAUUUAAUUCAAGAAUGUUAUUAUAAAUGGUAUUUUAACUAACCUUAAAGAGUGCCCUUAGGGCACUCACUAAUAAACCCCAUUGUUCAAUGCUCUUUAUAAAUGACAGAAUACCCAAAUAUAGCUGCAUAAACUAUUAUUGUUGUUUUUGUGGAAUAUUUUAAUUUGUUAGCAUGAAUCUGUAUUUUGAUUUGCAUCUAUUUGGAAUGGGGUUUAUUUUUAUUCUGAUGAUGGGUUAGUUUCUUUGCUUCCAUCCCUCCUAGCCAACCUAGACUGUUGCAUUCUCUCUGUACAAUUCAAAACAUGUGGGGCCCUGCGUGCUAGGGAUAAUUUCCAGCCAUUGCUGGUGAUUGAUUUGCCGUCAUGGCUGACCUGAAGCACAGAAUUCUUAUGGUGUCUGAUUUUUUCUAUCCCAACUUUGGUGGUGUUGAGAGUCACAUUUAUUAUCUGUCCCAAUGCCUCCUAAAACUUGGUCACAAGGUGGUUGUUAUGACCCAUGCUUAUGGAAAUCGAUCAGGAGUGAGAUACAUGACAGGUGGUCUGAAGGUUUAUUAUGUACCCUGGCAGCCAUUUCUUAUGCAGAACACAUUGCCGACUUUUUACGGGACAUUACCAAUAAUAAGGACUAUACUUAUUCGGGAAAAGAUAUCACUUGUGCAUGGUCAUCAGGCCUUCUCGACUCUAUGUCAUGAGGCUUUGAUGCAUGCGCGCACUAUGGGAUACAAGGUUGUAUUUACUGAUCAUUCUUUGUAUGGUUUUGCUGAUGUGGGAAGCAUCCACAUGAACAAGGUUCUGCAGUUUACUUUGGCAGAUGUAACCCGGGCCAUUUGUGUUUCUCACACGAGCAAGGAAAAUACAGUGCUACGGUCAGGUUUGCCACCAGAAAAGGUUUUUGUGAUUCCUAAUGCUGUGGACACCGCUAUGUUCAAGCCUGCUCAAGAGCGACUUGGCCAUAAUGAAAUUGUUAUUGUUGUGAUAAGUAGAUUGGUUUAUCGAAAGGGUGCAGAUUUGCUUGUGGAAGUCAUUCCAGAAGUUUGCCGCUUGUAUCCUAAUGUUCGUUUCAUUGUUGGAGGAGAUGGACCUAAACGAGUGAGGUUGGAAGAGAUGAGAGAAAAGCAUUCUCUUCAAGAUCGAGUUGAGAUGUUGGGGGCUGUACCACAUGCUUCUGUACGGUCUGUGCUGAUUUCUGGCCACAUAUUCUUAAACAGUUCUUUAACAGAAGCUUUUUGCAUAGCCAUAUUGGAGGCUGCAAGUUGUGGAUUAUUAACUGUCAGUACACGUGUUGGAGGAGUCCCAGAGGUUUUACCAGAUGACAUGAUAGUACUUGCUGAACCAGAUCCUAGUGACAUGGUACAAGCAAUUAAGAAGGCAAUAUCUAUCGUUCCUGAGAUUGAUCCACUAGUUAUGCAUGAUCGUAUGAAGAGGCUUUAUAAUUGGAAUGAUGUUGCAAAAAGGACAGAGAUAGUGUAUAAUCGUGCUUUGAAAUGUUCUGAUCAGAGUCUCCAAGAACGUCUCUCACGGUAUCUUUCAUGUGGUGCUUGGGCAGGCAAGCUCUUUUGCUUGGUUAUGAUAAUCGACUUUUUGCUAUGGCGACUUUUGGAACUAUGGCAGCCUGCAAAGGAUAUUGAGGAGGUGCCUGAUGUCGUUCUACCCCGGGAUCAAGAUGGAGAAAACAUUGAAGGAUUUCGAUGAAAAUCUGAAGACUCCCUUCAAACUUUCAGGUGUAUGAAGAGUCAGCUAACAUGUCGAACCUGCAAUGGAUAAUCUUCAAGCUUCGGGCACUUGUUCCGUUCUGAAUGUAGUUAAUUUUUGGGAUGCCCUGUAAAUAAAAAUCAAAGACCAUUACUCCAUGGAUUGCUGACUGGUGUAAACUGGAGUUGGUACAUGCAGGACGUUACACCAAGGGGACCGAAAACUUAAGGAGCUUGUUUUGAGGUUCUUCUAGCAUCAUAGGAUCAUGACUGGAACUGGUUCUUUUUCAUUCAAGUUAAUUACCAAGUACUAUUAUUAUUUUCUUAUUAGCAUCGAAUGAUUAACCAAAGAAUCAGAGUUGUAAGAUAUUUUUGCCUAUUAGCUAUCAAUCCAUGUGAUUCUUCGAUGAAUCUUUUCUGACUU